AUGUGCAAUCAUCUUGAAGUGCCACUGCACAAGAAAGUGCCGACGCCGUGCACAAAGGACAUUUUGGUGCCCGACACCAGCAAGUUGCUGGACAGUUCGAAGGCUGCGCGCUUCCGCAGCGCAAUCGGGAUUGCAAUGUACGUGUCCCAGGAUCGACCCGACGUUGCCUUCACAGUGAGGGUCCUGUCUCAGAAGCUCCGAGAGCCGACAGUGCAAACUUGGAGUUCGGGUCAGAGGUUGGCAUCGUACUUGGCGUGCACCACAGGUUACGCAAGCAAGGUGCAUGCCCGAGGUGACAAGCUUAGCAUUCUUGAGCCUUCCGAUCCUGGUGGAGCGCGUGAUGGAGUUAUGCUGGAGGUGUUCUGUGAUGCAGACUGGAGCGGCAACAAGCAGAAUCGCCGCUCGAUGAGCAGCAGCUCAUUCUUUCUGAACAGUUGCUGCAUAUACACUUCUUGCAAAAGCCAGCGUUGCGUGAGCCUCAGCAGCACUGAGAGCGAGUUUUAUGCUCUGGUUUCCGCGUCGUGCGAUGGGAUCUACUUGAAAAGAGUUCUUGAAUACCUGCUUGAACUACCGGUGGACCUUUGGAUGCGGACUGACAACCAGAGCUGUCGUCAGAUAUCUUUGAAGCAGGGUGUAUCAAAGAUCAGGCAUCUUGAUGGAAGGUUCCUCUGGGUGCAGGAAAAGACGGCAGAUGGAACGCUGAAAGUUGGCUCAGUCGACGGGCGAUGGAACCCGUCAGAUCUUGGAACCAAGGUCCCGGCAACUGGGAGUCGCUUGAGAGCAUUGCUUUGCAUGCAUGACUUCGUUGACUGUGCCGGUGAUUGCAUCCAGGAGGUAGGCCGUGCCGACUAUGAUCAGUUGAUCGAGUCGUUGCAACACUGCAAGGACACAGCCCGUGUCCGGCGACUGAUCAACAAGUCGCUGAAGACCAAUGGUUUGAGCAACAGCAAUCUUGUUUUGAUGAUGGUGAGCUUGAUUGCAGGUGCAGAUGCAAGUGGCACAAGGCGUGAUGUGAGUGUUCAGACAGAACCAGAGGCAAGAUGGUUCAGCGUUUGGGUGACCGGUUUGGUCAUCCUCGUGUCUCUGCUGGGCGUCAUGCUGAGCCUUGAGCGGCUGCGGGCCGAUCGCCGCAGGGACGAUGCAAGCGCGUAUAGGACCACCAGUGCCGAGCCGAGCACGUCUGUGCCAGAGUAUGGGCGAUGGAGUGUGAUCGCCGCAAUCCUGUGCGGUGUGCCUUCGCUUGUGUGCUUGAUGCUCAUGAUGCAGCUACGCAAGUUGAGAUUCUUGCUGGUGGCAGAAAGGCAUGAGACCGAUCGCUUGCAAGGAGUCAUCAAUGAAAUGGACUAUGACCGCAUGAUGUGGUCAGAGCACCAUGCACGAGAGAGUGCAUCAGCGUCAUCAUCAGGUGUACCGUUGCAAGUUGCAUCCACCAGUGGGCGUGUGGGCAAUGCCACAGUGCCAGGGCAUACGCCAGAGUUGCAUGUUUAUUGCACUGCAAGGCGAGGCAAAGCUUACCAUGCAAAGCGCGGAUGCACAUGCUUGAACAAUGCUGAUGAGAUCCUGCGACUUGGCUUAGCAGAGGCCAAGGAACGUGGCUACCAGCCAUGUGGGCGAUGCUUUGGAGGCAAUCGCAAACAGAAAUGA